GACAGCUGCCAUGCGCUCAACCCAGCCAAUAAAAAUUGGGGAUCUGUGUUUCAGUCAUUGGUGAAUAGCACUAACAUACAGGAUCAAAUCACGUUCAAGCAGUCACCAUUCAAAACUUCAUGCUUUGCAGUGGAAUUUGGAAAAAAACGGAAUGUGUCAAUAGAAGCUGAGUUUCAAGGUGAUUCUACAAAUUUAAUUUUAUGGUCAUGACAAAUAUCCAUGAUAAUACCAUUUCAAACUUAACAGUGGCCAAAGAGCAAGUUCAAAACAAAAUUCAAAUUUCUUUUUGUAAAAUUCUAAAAAAUAAAUGGUAGUUCACCUGUAUUUUAAAGUUUUUACCAAAAGUUGUUUCAUUUGAAUGUCCAUAGCAUUGAAAGUUAGUGACGUACUGUAUUUGAUUAAUUAAAUACUGCCACUAAUUAAUACCUGUGAACAACACCAUCAAAUAAACGCUCACCCAAUCAGAAGAAUGUGGAGUUUAUGUGAGGAUAAUAAAAGAAUAAACUUGCUUUAAUGAUAUGAUUCUAUUUCAGCAAAAAAGCACCUUACUUUUGUGCAUGUAGAGGGUAAAUAAUAAUGUUGUUAAUCUCUUUCCAUUUUAGUCAUUGACUGGAAAUUUCCAGCAGCAUUUCUAGCAGGCCUUGUCAUCUUUUACAAUGCAGAAAGACUUAGUAGGUAUACUAUCUAAACGUCCCCUUCCACAAUGUAAAUUUUAACAAGAACUUGAUUUGUUAAAGUGAUGAUGAUGAUGAUGAUGAUGAUGAUGAUGAUGAUGGUGUCAGUAAUGACAGUUGAUCCAUUAAGUCUAUUGAGAUGCCAUACCAACUUUCAAUUGCUGCCAAUAGACCUUUGUCAUGGGGUGGCCAUUUUGUGUUAGGAGAUCUAAAAAGCUCUGUUUAUGCAUGGCUAGCCUCUUAGAGAGAACGAGGCUAACUGUUCAUAAACAAAGCUUUUUAAGUCUACUGAGACAAAAUGGUCGCUGCAUGAGGGAAGUCUAUUGUAUGCUUACAACUACACUGUAGCAUUGCGCCUCAAUAGUAGGUCUAGUUGUUUUCCACACCAUAAUUAUUCCUUUGAUCUUGUUAUUGCCCAUGGUGCACUAAAGUAAACUGAUCAAGAGCAGAUUCUAUGGAAAGUCGCACUUUUGUUCUUUGUUGUUGUUCUUGCAAACUUUGUGCACACAAGAUAGCAGAGCUGUGAAUCUGUUGUCAAUGUUUCUUCUAUUAUUAAUAUUAUUAAUGAGCUGUUUUUUCUUUCCAGGAACAGUUUGUUCUUUUAUUCAUCUGGUGUAUUACUUGGUCUUAUCAUGUCACUUCUUCUGCUUGUCUACAUACUGCACAGACUAUUCAUGCUGCACAGACUAAUCCCAGGGGUAAGAAAGAGCGGUGUAGGGUCAAUGUUAAGACCUAGCCCUGGGGUUUUUUCUUUCCAGAAACAGCUUGUUCUUUUAUUCAUCUGGCCCUGGUUGUUCAAGCCUUGGAUAGCGCUCUCCACUGGAUAAAUCACUAUCCAGUGAAUAAGUAUUACGGAAAUCAAUAACGCCAUCCGCUGGAUAGUGAUUUAUCCAGUUGAUAGCGCUACCCAACGUUUGAACAACUGGGCCCUGCUGUAUCACUUGGUCUUAUCAUGUCACUUCUUCUCCUUGUCCACAUCCUACACGGAUUAAUCCCUGGGGUGAGACAAAAGGUUCAACCACUGUUAAGACUUAUCCCUUGGAUAAGACAAAGCAGUUUGGGGGUGAUGUUUUAGACAAAGUCCUGGGGUAAAGCGAGCAGAGGUGAGUGUUAACCCCUGUUAUGCUGGCAAUAGGAAGUUUAAAAAUGUUGAACGUGCAUGUAUGCAUUUGCUUAAGAAUUGUUGUCAAUAUUUCAGCAUAUUGUUUUAUGCCAUUUUCGCAACUGAGGCCGCCGUGUUUACUUGUUGUAUUUUACUGCGUUCGACCUCAUGAGAACGCAGCCUAAUCCCCUCGUUUGGGUGUCCAAGUCAAAAACGGAUGGCAGGACCAAAAGCAUGUCCUUUCGGGAAGUUUAUUGCAUGUACAUGUAUUGGAGGCGUUGUUUUAAAUGUUGUUGUUGUGUGGUCAUUCUUUUCAGAGAGGAGGUGCAUAUGCUGUUUUAAUUGGAGGAUGGAGUCUGGGUGCCUAUUUAAUCCAGUGGAAUUGGAGUAACUUAAAAGACCUUCUACUUAACCACAACCAAUGGGUCAUUGGAUAUCUUGUUGUUAUAGGUAUGUCACUAAACAGACCUAUAGAUAUGAGGACCAGAUUUAACCACAAGUUUUUUCGCGUAUAUUCUCUAAACGUACAUAGACAACCCGGAAAACUUCAUUGUCCUUUUUUGUUUUUUUCAACCGAAACGUUAGUACGGUUAUUUUUAUCGAAGGAGGUUAAGCCCUCCCCCGAUCGCAAAGUGAUACAUUUUCGAACAUUUUAAUAACUUGUUUCCGCCAUUACGACAUUCUUGCUAAAAUCCGUAGUAGAUUGAAGACGGCUAUCGCGCUUUCUCGCCAAAAGAACGCUGGAUCACGCGUGCACACUACUUAAUUCAGUAGUAUUGAGAAAAUCUCGUCUUCGUCGUCGCGCCCUCGUUUUUUUUAAUAGAAUCUAAAGGUCUCUUAUGGGAAAAGGAAAACCUGCAUAUUAAAGAUUAUUAUGGUCGCAUUUUUCAAAAACUCUUACUCUUUGACUGUCGUAUUACGCUCUAUAACAGCAGAGUUUUUUCCUUUCGUCAGGUAUCAGAAGCUUAUGUGUUUGCUGUUGUUACGGCCUAGUCAACGUAUUACGCUGUAUAACAGCUGUGUUUAUUUCCCGCUUUCUUCAGGCCUCAUAAGCUUUGGUGUAUGUUAUUAUUACGGCCCAGUAACCAGCGACCGCGGACUGGAUCUCAUUCGCUGGAUGCUACAGCUUAUAGGAUUGAGCCUACUGUACAUGAGUACAAGGUCAGAUGAGGUCUCCAUAGCUCUGUGUUUUACAGUGGUUUCGUCCCAUAUAAUU